AUGCUGAGAGUGAUUGUGGUUCUCCUCUUUGCUGCCUACUGCUCAGGUGCAAACACUCCAACUUUGUGGGGGUCACGCAUCGUUGGAAAGGCGUCGGGGCCGUCAGACACUAUGAAUUAUGAAAUUGAGGGCAAAUUUAGGGUUCUUGUCAAUGCCGAUCUCGAAUUAUUAAUUGUUAAUGACACAUGCAUCCUCAACGGAACUCAGUUUUGGGGCAGUCCUUGCAAGAAGAGUGAAGGUAAUGCUGCCAUCACAGUGAAAGACGUGACCAAGCAGGGGAGUUUGAUAAUAUUAAAGGUUAACAACCUUUCAGUCAUCACUUCAACAACAUUCUUUCUGCCGGGAUGCAAAUUCCCUCCACCUGAGCCAGAUGAAGUUGAUUUGAAGACAUCGUUUCCUCUCUCACGAUUUGUCCAAGACUCGGAGACUUUCAAAGUUGAUUUUGCCGUUUGGGGAGCAAACAGUAUGUCAGAAGUCAAAUUUGGUAUCAAUGGAGAAAUAUACUGUACUUGGUUGGGAAUCAAGCUUACUGUCAAAAAUGACAGUUUUUGUGUCGACUUGGUAAAAGACGAAAAGGCUGAUUUGCGGGUAUUCCGUGGAAUUUUUCAAAGGAAAACCAACGUAUCCCAUGACAGAUUCGCAUUUGCUGGCAAAAAUUCGGGGGUGGUUGUAUCUAUCGACUAUACGCAAAGUGGUGCGAAUAUCACCGGAAGUGGCAGAAUGCAGCCGAUCUGCAACAACUUUCGUAUACAACGGUGUCCUUUUAUUAUUUUUGGUAAUAUCACUUAUGGAGUAGCAAACAUUUGGAUGGCCGAAUGCAACAAAUGCAUGGGUCAAACUCGACCCACAUUCUUUUCCAACCAAUUUGACGCUUUUAAAGUGCAUCAAGAGAAUUUAUUUCCAAAAACUUGGACUAAGCAUUUGCUGCAUUUAACACAUACCCUCAAAUAA